AAUACAAGUAACGACGAUGUGCGAUGUGAUUAUGUGUUGCAACAAUAAAAUAAAAAUGUUCUCUCUGAAUCAAAUUGCACAUGGCGGCCAUAAAACACCAUGGAAGCAGCUCUCCGUAGAAAAUAGACCAGAAACAGAUUCUUCACAACAUAAUCGUAAAACAAGGAAAAAGUAUUCUCCAACGUUGGGGCUUAUAGGAGCUUCCAGUCGAAGGUCCUCGCAGCAGCGGAAGUAACGUGGCCGACUCAUUUUCGACUGAGACUCGCUGAAUGCGCUAGUAAUCGGUGGUUCAGGAAACGUGUUUUCCUUCCAACUCGCCAAACUUCAGAAAGGUACGUUUUCUAUCCUAACAUGACCACAACCCGGGAAGACGUUCUGCUGCAGAUGGGUGAGGUACGAUACAAAAAAGGCGACGGAACGCUGUACGUCAUGAACGAACGGAUCGCCUGGAUUGCCGAGCAUCGUGAUACGGUCGCCGUUUCGCAUCGUUUUCAGGAUAUUAAAAUGCAAAAAAUUUCUCCGGAAGGAAAACCGAAAAUCCAACUACAAGUCGUCCUACACGACGGAAACAGUUCAACGUUCCACUUUGUCAACCGCAAUGGGCCCCAGGCACAAAUGGUUGACCGUGAUAAGGUGAAGGAGCUGCUACAGCAGCUGCUGCCCAAUUUUAAACGUAAGAUUGAUAAGGAGCUGGAGGAAAAGAACCGGGUCCUAACCGAGAAUCCUAUGCUGCUGCAGCUAUACAAGGAUCUCGUAAUCACACAAGUGCUACCCAGUGAUGAAUUCUGGGUGAACCAUGCAAAGCAAUAUUUGUCCAAGGAUCAAUCCCAGAAACAGGACAUCGGCGUGUCUGGGGCGUUUCUAGCUGACAUAAAGCCCCAAACGGACGGUUGCAAUGGGCUUCGAUACAAUCUCACCUCCGAUAUUAUUGAGUGCAUCUUCAAGACCUAUCCGGCUGUCAAGCGGAAACAUGCGGAGCACGUUCCUGCCAAGUUAACGGAGUCGGAGUUCUGGACCAAAUUCUUUCAGUCACACUACUUCCAUCGGGAUCGUAUAGCGGCCGGUACCAAAGACAUUUUUACCGAGUGCGGUAAGAUCGACGACCAACAACUAAAGCAAGCAGUUCAGGAUAAUCUUGGUGAUCCGCUUCUGGACAUCCGUUCUUUCGAGGAUAAUACAUUGGAAGAAGGUUUCUGCAGUGCAACCGCUAACAAGCAGACUGUUAACAGUGGUAAUAUCGUGCAUCAGAGCAUGAUCAAGCGGUUCAAUCAGCAUUCAUUUAUGGUACUCAAAACGUGCACCGAUGUAAAGACCCUGAACCAGGGCAUCGGGGCAAUUCUCAAUGCAACUCCUACGGCCGCUAGUAAUGGUGAUGCCAAUGGUAACACUAAGGAUAAAUCGAACAAUAAUAAUCAUUUGGUGAACGGGUUCAACAAAAAGGAAAAACGAAUUCACGAGAACAAUCACAUUGCCAACGGGGACAUUAAUGGUGGUCACAAUGUGGCAUCGACCGAGGAAUCUUCUGUCGAACCUGCCAUAAAACGUGCUCGAAUUCUAGAGAAAAUUCAUUACGAUGAUUUGGAAGAUGACAGCGAUUCGAGCAAACAGUCAAAGCAGUUAAACCUCACAAAAAUUGAACGCUACCUGCACGGACCGGUGCCAACCUCCAGUACUGGUGGGGUAUCAACAGGUUUUCACGAUCCGCAGUUGGAAUACGGCUUGCCCGAUCUGGAAUCGGUGAACAGCUGUAUCAUGCAGGCCACCGGUUCCUGGAAUAAUCGUACACCUCACAAAGUGCUGGUCAGUGCAGCGUCAGCCGUUAAUGCUCUCAUGGAACUAAGUCCUGGUGGAGCACUGAUGAGGGGCUUCCAGGAACAGAGCUUAGCUCAACUUGUGCCUCCCGAUAUCGAGAAGGAAAUUCGCAAUCUCUACCUGUCGCUAUUGGAACUACUGAAACACUUCUGGAAGUGUUUUCCUCCUACCACACCGCAGAUGGAGACGCAAGCAAGCCGGAUGCACGAUGCAUUGCAGCGAUUUUCGAUGGCUAAACUGAAGCCGUUUGAGGACCGUGCCAUGAGAGAACUGUUGCCAUUGGGAGCGUCACUGACGCAGCAUUUAAAUCAGCUUUUACAAUCGGCUAAUCGAAAGUACGCCACCUGGCAGGAACGGCAGCGACGUUCGCACAGGUAGCACCAACCAGUAUCGUCGUCGCCUGUUCUACAUCAUCUGCCGUCAAAUCGCCAUCAGCAGCAGCACCGUUAUCAGCAUAAUCACAGCGAUCUGGUCGGUAUAUUUUCCAACGCUCGCAAGCGCUAGUAUAGCAUCACCAUCAAUAGCCGACAACAUCGCCACAGUACCAGCUCGGAAGUUGCUGAAUUUAUCGCAAUUUUCCGAAUAACUUAACCUAUCGGCGAGCUGUGUCUAUCGGUUCCGGUAGGGGUUUCGCACAUCAAUCCGAUUGUAUUUGUUCCAUGUUUUCUAUAGAAUCCGGGUGAAAACACCAGAAU